AUGAGACACUUGAAUUGUUGUGAGUUUCAAAAAAGUAGCGAACAUGCGCUGUUUUCAAAUUCAGUGGUUGUCGUUUUCACUGAACUGACACAAUGUUUCGAUGUUGUUAGCAAACUCGAGUGUCCAGAUCCUGAAAUAUGGAAACGUUACAUGAGACGUUUUGCUAAAACAAUCGUAAAGGUGCUAAUAGCUUAUGCCGAUAUUGUGCAAAAAGAAUGCCCAGAACACAUGCAGGAUGAACGUAUUGCGUGUAUUUUAAUGAAUAAUAUUCAACAAUUGCGUGUGCAGUUGGAAAAAAUGUUCGAAUCCAUGGGCGGCGAUAAAUUAGAAGAGGAUGCGGCGAAUAUACUUAAAGAACUGCAACAAAAUCUCAAUUCUGCCCUGGAUGACUUAGCUUGCCUUUUCGCCAUAAGUCUGGAACCACGUAUUACUCAAUCGGUACGGGAGCUUGGUGAUUUGCUGCUCGCAAUUAAGGGUGGUGGAGGAAGUGGCAACAUAAAUGCUCAAAAUCAAGUAGCCCAACGAAAUGCUGUGGCCGUGGAAGCAGACGAAGUGUUGCGACCACUAACGGAUCUUUUGGAUGGUUCCUUAACUCUUUACGCACAAUCAUGAAAGACCGUACUUAAACGUCUGUUGAAGGAACUGUGGGAGAUAGUAAUGCGCACGCUAGAAAAGACUAUCGUGUUGCCUCCAAUGACUGAUAAAACGAUGAUGUUCAAACAUCUAACGGACAAUGCUAAAAACCUCGCCUCUAACGCUAAAAUAGAAGAUAUGGGUCGUCUAUUUAAGUCACAUAUGGCUGGAAAGCAAGAUGUUAAAAGUGCUUUAAGCGGUGUAAUGGAUAUUUCAAAAGAAGUCGAAAAGAAUUUAUCGCCUAAACAAUGUGCUGUUCUUGACGUGGCCUUAGAUACAAUUAAGCAGUACUUCCAUGCCGGUGGCAAUGGACUGAAGAAAACGUUCCUUGAAAAAUCACCAGAACUCCAAAGUUUACGUUAUGCAUUGAGCCUUUAUACCCAAAUGACUGAUACGCUUAUUAAAACGUUUAUCUCCAGCCAAGUGCUUGAAGUUGAUCCCGAAAAUCAAGAAGAAAGUGUGGGCGAAAUAUCUGUACAAAUUGAUCUAUACUCACACCCUGGAACGGGCGAAUAUAAAGUGAAUGUAAAAGUUGUGGCAGCAAAUGAUCUUAAAUGGCAAAUUCCAUCUGGCAUGUUUCGUCCCUUUGUUGAGAUCAAUCUUAUUGGACCCCAUUUACAGGAUAAGAAGCGUAAAUUUGCUACCAAAUCGAAAUCGAACAAUUGGUCGCCGAAAUACAACGAAUCCUUUAAUUUCACUAUUGGCACUGAAGAACAACUGGAUUUUUUCGAAUUGCACAUCUGUGUCAAAGAUUACUGCUUUGCAAGAGAUGACAGAUUAGUGGGUGUGGCCGUUAUACCUCUAAAGGAUAUACUAGAAAAAGGUUCGGUUGCUUGUUGGCUGCCAUUACAAAGAAGAAUUCAUAUGGAUGAGACUGGAUGGACAAUUUUACGUAUUCUAUCUCAACGCAAUAAUGAUGAAGUAGCCAAAGAAUUUGUUAAGCUAAAAUCGGAGAUCCGGCAGGAACCAACCGCCGGCACGUAGAGAUUGAAAUGAAUAAAAUCAUUUUACGCACACACCCACAAACACUUGACAAAACCUACUAACCAACCAUACAUACAUACUUGCAUGCAAAUUUAAAGACUUUCAUACGUUUAUACAUACAUAUAAAACAUACUUAAGUACAUACCUACAUAAAUUAAUA